AACAACGAGUCUAAUUUCACUCCAAAGGUGCCUCCACAACAGACACAAGAAGAAAAGCGAAUAGAUCAAUCAUAUUUUCAUGGCUCAUGACAACAACAAAAAUAACUUUAUCAAAAGUCAAUAUCAGCGUCUAACUAGGCACAGUUUGGCACACCAGCGCGAUGCGGAAGAGGUUAGCCACGGAAUGUGGUAGCCGAGCAUGUUUCUAUGACAACGGCAGUAAACAACACGGCGCCGUGUGUGUGAUCUCGACUUCAUUUCCCCCCCUCUCUGAAAGUAGGCCUAUCGAUAUGUCGUCAAAAAGUGACAACAAGCCCAGUACCUGUGGCAACCGGAGGAGAUCAAGCGCGACUAAAGAGGAGGUGAAGCGGAUGUGUCCGCAGCAGCGGGCCCGGUACCUGGCCUACGAGGAGCCGCCGAAAGAGGCGAAGACCUGGAUGGCGAUGUCUCGGCAGCGGGUGUCCGCCUGGCAGUCUUCCGGGGCCGGGGGGAAGAGACAUACAAGUGUCGGUCAUCAUCACUGCGACGAGAGGGACGAGGAAGAGAAGAGACGGCAAGACCUGAUCAUAGGACAACUGAAGGCCGCGGAAGCCCGCAACAGAGUUCGACAGAUGAGACUGCAGUAUCGGAGUAUGAGGACCCAGGAAAUCAAUCUAAUGAUUUCGUGCCAGUCCAACGCCCAAACCGCCGUCCGUCUUGAGUUGCUGCUGCCAACGGAGGAAAGCAAGAUAAAUGCCAUCGAUUGUCUGGACAAGCUGCAGAGAAAGCGAGUCGAGGAGAUCCUGGACGAUGAUAAAGGAUUGACGUUAACCCGCCGCUGAGAGUUGAGGCCAGCUGUCCUCUGCUUUGUGACGUGUAACAAAAAGGAACUGUCUUGUCUAUUUUACUGCUCUGGCUUCAUAGAAACUGUACUGGUAUUUUCUUGCAGUUUCUAAAGCCUCCAACACUACUAUUACUGCACUUAGGUCCCAGCUGCACUCAUCUAACAAGCACCUAGAAGUUUCUAAACAACCCUUCCUCCAUUACUGCUGCAGUUGGUUUGCUUCUGCUGCUGCGUAACCGGCUGGCUUGCUGUGGAAGCUUGCUGUGGCCCCCUAUUCCCUUUAUAGUGCACUACUUUAGACCAGGGCCCUAGGGUAGUGCACUACUUUAGACCAGGGCCCUGUGGUAGUGCACUACUUUAGACCAGGGCCCUGUGGUAGUGCGCUACUUUAGACCAGAGCCCUGUGGUAGUGCACACUACUUUAGACCAGAGCCCUGUGGUAGUGCACACUACUUUAGACCAGGGCCCUGUGGUAGUGCACACUACUUUAGACCAGAGCCCUAUGGUAGUGCACUACUUUAGACCAGGGCCCUGUGGUAGUGCACUACUUUAGACCAGAGCCCUAUGGUAGUGCGCUACUUUAGACCAGAGCCCUAUGGUAGUGCGCUACUUUAGACCAGGGCCCUGUGGUAGUGCGCUACUUUAGACCAGAGCCCUAUGGUAGUGCACUACUUUAGACCAGGGCCCUGUGGUAGUGCACACUACUUUAGACCAGAGCCCUAUGGUAGUGCACUACUUUAGACCAGAGCCCUAUGAUAGUGCACUACUUUAGACCAGAGCCCUAUGGUAGUGCGCUACUUUAGAUCAGGGCCCUAUGGUAGUGCGCUACUUUAGACCAGAGCCCUAUGGUAGUGCACUACUUUAGACCAGGGCCCUGUGGUAGUGCACACUACUUUAGACCAGGGCCCUAUGGUAGUGCACACUACUUUAGACCAGAGCCCUGUGGUAGUGCACACUACUUUAGACCAGGGCCCUAUGGUAGUGCGCUACUUUAGACCAGAGCCCUGUGGUAGUGCACACUACUUUAGACCAGAGCCCUGUGGUAGUGCACUACUUUAGACCAGGGCCCUGUGGUAGUGCACACUACUUUAGACCAGAGCCCUGUGGUAGUGCACUACUUUAGACCAGGGCCCUGUGGUAGUGCACACUACUUUAGACCAGAGCCCUGUGGUAGUGCACUACUUUAGACCAGGGCCCUGUGGUAGUGCACACUACUUUAGACCAGAGCCCUAUGGUAGUGCACUACUUUAGACCAGGGCCCUGUGGUAGUGCACUACUUUAGACCAGAGCCCUGUGGUAGUGCACUACUUUAGACCAGGGCCCUGUGGUAGUGCACACUACUUUAGACCAGGGCCCUGUGGUAGUGCACACUACUUUAGACCAGAGCCCUGUGGUAGUGCACUACUUUAGACCAGAGCCCUGUGGUAGUGCACUAUAUAGGGAGCCAUGUGGGACUCAUCCUUUGAGGAGACCUCAUGUUCGCUAGAGUCUCUCAAUUCAAUUCAAGGGGCUUUAUCGUCAUGGGAAACAUGUGUUAACAUUGCCAAAGCAAGUGAGGCUAGAUAAUAUACAAAAGUCAAAUAAACAAUAAAAAUUAACAGUAAACAUUACACUUACAGAUGUUCCCAAAGAAUAAAGACAUUACAAAUGUCAUAUUAUGUAUAUAUACAGUGUUGUAACAAUGUACAAAUGGUUAAAGUACACAAGGGAAAAUAAAUAAACAUAAAUAUGGGUUGUAUUUACAAUGGUGUUUGUUCUUCACUGGUUGCCCUUUUCUUGUGGCAACAGGUCACAAAUCUUGCUACUGUGAUGUCACACUGUGGAAUUUCACCCAGUAGAUAUGGGAGUUUAUCAAAAUUGGGUUUGUUUUGGAAUUGUUUGUGGAUCUGUGUAAUCGGAGGGAAAAUGUGUCUCUAAUAUGGUCAUACAUUGUGCAGGAGGUUAGGAAGUGCAGCUCAGUUUCCACCUCAUUUUGAGGGGGCAGUGUGCACAUAGCCUGUCUUCUCUAGAGCCAGGUCUGCCUUUCUCUCUCUCUCUCUCUCUCUGCGUACAGACCUAGUCAUUACCUAUUGAUCUGAUGGAGAUUGGAAAAGUGAUGUUAUCGUAAUGGACGUCUGCAUGGCUGAAGAGAGGAAGCCAAACAUUAAAUCACAGACAGGAUACAUAACAUGAGAGACACAUACACACACACACACACACACAUAGGCAUACAAGUGCCAUCUAGUGUUUGACUUUGAUAGUAAUACUCCUGUCUGCUUUUAGCCCUGAAGUCAACAUGGUGUAAUACUGCUCUCUGGUGGUAGUACUGAGUACUGCAUGGAGUUAUACUGCUCUCUGGUGGUAGUACUGAGUACUGCAUAGAGUUAUACUGCUCUCUGGUGGUAGUACUGAGUACUGCAUGGAGUUAUACUGC